CCAGGAAUGUCCGCAACUGGUCAACCUGUGAGCCCUGCGAGUCCUGUGUGAGUCCUGAGAGCUCCAAAGAUGGCGGUGUCCAGUUCAAUUAUGGAAACCAUCGCCAUUUUGGCCCUGCUGCUUGGCCUUUUCAUUCGAAGUGGCUACUGCAUAGACUGUUUCAAGUGCGUCUCCUACAAUGGAGCCAAUAAAGCCUGCGAUGAUCCGUUCCACAACAAUUACUCGACGGCCAUUUUGGAGUCGCCCUGCAUGGGCGGGCGGAAGGGGCGUGACGGCCUAUUUCCGGCCACCGCCUGCAUCAAGAUCGCCGGUUAUUAUGAUGGAACCGGGGAGACGAUAACGGUGAGAGGCUGCGCCCUGGACAGCGGCACCCUGACCACCGACACCGAGAUUAUAAGAAUGUCGCACUGCGGAAAGUUCUAUUAUGAUGACAAGUACGUGCACGGCUGUCUGCAGAGCUGCAGCGAUGCGGAUGCCUGCAACUCUGCCAGGAGGCAGGGAGCGAGUCCCGCGGACCUGGAGGCGCUGCUGAGGCACCUGCUCAGCCUGGCGGUGUUCCUGCUGGCUGUCACCAGGUAGCAGCAUCCGUAUCUGUGACUGAG